AUGGCGGACACGGCCUGGAGCCGGUCCCCCUCACCAGCCUCCGAAAUCAUUGUCAACUCAGGCCACGACACCUUAGCCGGUACUCACAACGAACCCUUUAACUCUUCAUCGUCUCCAAAUCAGCAGGAGCUCACAACACAGGCUCCCGAAGCUGUCACAAAGAACUCGGAAACCAUGGCCAGACCUUCCAAGGGUAAAGCCAAGGGCAAAGGCAAGGGAAAGGCAACAGAGAUUACGCCUCCUCGCGAUUCGGAUGAGGGCGGCCAGUCGAGCCCUCGAAAGCGCAAGGCCACCACCAAAGCCAAAUCUGCCCCUCCGAAGAAACUCCGACUCUCGGCCCAGGACAAAAAAUGGGUUACGCCAGCCGUUUUCACCGACCCAAAAUCUCCGAUUACCGGCGUCGACCUCAGAGCGAUUCUUCUCCAUCCCCUGGCCUGGGACGUCCUAUCUCCCGAAGACCACCAAGGCAUCCUCGCCAAAUUUCCAGAUAGCUCACGCAUCAAGGAUGCCGGCACUGAGAACGCGUGCCCCAAUGUAAUCUCGCUACGCAAUGACGACACAUUCCGGUACGAUUGUGCCCGGUAUUGUGAGAAUAUCCAGCUAGGCCGGCACGACCCUGAGUGGCUAUGGCAGGCAUGGGAGGCUCAUGAGAAGCACAAAAGGGGUGAUUAUGACGGGUUUCUCCGGGGGAAGUUUGAGGAGCAGUGGGAUAUUAAGCUCCCGGAGCCUGAGGCGAAGCCGGAGCCUGAGGCAGAGCCAGAGCUCGAAGACAGCGGGGUAGCUAAAGGUACCGAAGAUGUUAAGAAGUCCGAUACUGCUACGGUGUCCGAUUAUGUUGAGAACACCGGCAUGGCCGCUAGCAGCGUCGCUGGCGACGAUCUGCCAAAGAGCCUUGAAGCUGAGUCCAACAAACCUGAUGAGGCCCCUCAACUCAAAGAGGAGGAGUUUUCAGCGGACGGCUCUGCCGAUAAGGGUCGCUCGCCUCCUGCCACGGAAAACGUCACCGGCACCACAAACAACAACGAUGAUGUCAAGAAGAGCGAUAACAAAGGAACAAGCAAGAGCAAUACUAAGAUCAGGCUCAAGUUGAAAUCCAAGUCUCCUUCCGAAGACCCGAGUGACUCCAUCACUUGCGCAGCCAAUUCACUGCCAGCAGCACAAGAGCAAACACCUACCAUCUCGGCCGGCAAAAUUCAAUCUGACUAG